GUAAUAAUUCGGUCGGAGUCGGCUCGAAAAGUCAAUAGAAACUUCAAAAUACAGGAAUUAUGGAGUAUUUUCUUCGGUGCUAUUUCGAACAAUUCGCUUCGUUGCCGAGGAACAGUUUGCACGACAGGAGGAAGAGACAGAGCAUGGUAGAUUACAUUAGUACAAUGAUCGAAGGAUGUUCUACAGUGGAAACAAAUGUAGACGAAAGCGCAAAAAUAGCCAUAAAAACAAUAGUAAAAUACCACGAAGAGAACAAAAGCGAAAACGGAAACGUAUGCAUGAUGGGAAAAUACCACAACAUCCUGUAUAUAGCCGUAAAAUUGUGCUUCGUGUGGCAGAUAAAAGAUCCCCCAACGGUAACCCAGCUGCUCGAAGAAAUUUUCCGCUGCGAAAACACCUUCGAACGGAUCCUGAUCGGCGCCAUUUUCGGCGGGAAAGCGCCCCAUUACGUGGCGGGCUGGAAAAGCGACUUCGCUUCGGAAGAGGAAAACCUCAGAGCUGUGGUUUAUUUCCUGGACAAAGCCAACAAAGGAAAACUCCUGCUGAAGCCGCACCGAGACCAAGAAACCUAUCGCUUCGUCGACACGCCGAUGGAAAGCUGCGGGAAAGCUUCGCCUUUAAAAAUUUGCGUCCAAUUGGGUCUACCCGACAAGCUGCUGAUACUCCUACGUUUCGGCGCUCGAAUCCACCAUCAGCACGCCAUCAUCGAGCAUCUAUUAAACCGAUUGCUCGAGUUCAAUCGGGUGUAUCCGUACAACCUGGUUUCGUGCCUGCAAUUGCUCCUCAGAGCUACGGAGAGGAUCCCCACAGAGGACUUGGUGGAUCCGGAUUUAAGGAAAUUAAUGUAUGAUAAGUAUUGCGUGUUAGUCGAAGACGGUUUGAUUCCUCCCAGUAGAUGCGGAAUUAUCCCGGUGGAGUUGAAGCAUCUGUGUAGGUGCAGCGUGAGGGAGUACCUGUGGAGGAACCAUGGGUUGCCUGACGGAUUGAAAUCGUUGAAAAUACCGGAGGAUUUGCGCAGGUACUUGGACUUGUUGCAAGACUGAAUAAAAUUGUGUCUGUUAGACUUUGUUUGCGGAGAACCAGGCGUGUGUAAUUAAAU